AUGUUGAUAAUUUUAAAAUUUCGUUUAAUUAAUAUAUUAGAAUUUAAAAUUACUCUAUCGAUAAAUAAAAUGUUAUAUAAUUUUAUUGUUAGUUCAGAUAGUUAUUUAGAAUUACCUAUAGGUUUGCAUGGAUUUGGUUCUUCGUCAGUGCAAUAUAUUUUAAAUCCCAGAUUUACAAGCAUAGGACAACAUAUUAAAAAAAUAACUUCUUCCUUAAGAGUUGAGAAAAAUAAAAGAAAAUUUAGAAAAACUUGCUUAGAUCUGGCUGAUUAUAUCAUUGGGAAAAGCCACGCACCCGCACAUAUUGAUCAAUCUAAAUGGGACUUAGCACUAAAGAAUUGGUAUAAAAUUCAAUAUAAAGAUCUAACUAGACAUGGGGAAUGCCCUAUGAUUAUAAAGCAGAAUGAGAGAAAUCUUUUAGAAUUAAGUUAUGAGGUAAAAGAUUUUCAUGAAAAAAAAAAUAGAGAGCUCAAUCGACUAAAAUCCUUCCUUACAGAAAAUAAUACAUAUAGUUGUAAUAAUGAUCCAGCUUGUAUGAAAAUACUUAAAGAAUAUAAUAUCUGGAUUAAUGAUAGGAAAAAAUAUUUUGAGGGAAAAAGAGAGCUCAUUCAAAAAAAUUCCUCAUAUGAACAAAGGAAAUUGAAAUUUUCAAUACCAAUUAAUAACUUGCUGAAUCCUGAAAUAUAUAGUGAACUUUCUGAAGCUUUACCUUCAGUUUCAGUUCCAUUUGAAGAAGAAGAUGGAAAAGAGAUAAGAGGAGAAGGAAAAGGAGAAGACAUAUCCUUAGGAGUAAGAGGAAAUGCGUCUGAAAAUCAAAAAUCUGAAAAAUCAAAGUUUCCUAAAAAUUCAGAACAACCUACUUCAAUGACUGAAUCUGAUCCUGUAGAACAUCGUCCAAUAACUCGUGGAUUAGGAGAAAGUACUGGUCAUAUAACUACUAUACCAUCUGAUGAAGCAUUAAAACCUGAUUCAAGUUCUGUUUUUAUUAUACCCUCUAAAAGACCAGAUACAGAAGGAAAUCAAUAUAACGCCCACAUAUCGUAUAUUUUAACAAGCUUUCUAGUUAUUAUAGUAUUUUCCUUUUUUAUUAAAUAUGUUUUAAUAGGUAUGUUUAAAAAAAAGAAAAAGAUAAAAAGAAGAGAAGUUAAAUUUCUGAGAAUAUUAGUACCUUCCUAUUAUAACAGAAGUAAAUUUUUAAGACAUAAUCAUUUGGAACACCCAAUAAAUGAAGACGAAGAAAUCAUUAAAAAAAUAAAAAUACAAGAACAUAAUAUGAACAAAAAUGAAAAUGUAUUAUACGGAAAAAAGGACAGAUCCAUAACUAUUAUAGAAGUACAUAUGGAAAUACUGGAAGAAUGCAGAAAUAAAGAAUGGGAAUAUAACAAAGGAGAAUUUUUAGCAAUAUGCCAAGAAGUAUUAACAAAAAAAGAAAAUGGAACUUACACUAACUUAAAGGAUGAUGAAGUAGUAAUGGAUAAUAUUAAAAGUACCAAUGAAAUUGAAAAACAAAAAAGUCUAUGGAGUAAAUGGGUGGAAAGACAUAAAAUGUUUUUGGAAAAAUUGAGAAAAAAGGAUUGGUUUAACAAUCUGAAAAAUGAUUGGAAAGAAGAAAGAUCAUACAUAAAAAAUAGUGAAAAAUUAAGAAAAUAUCUUUCAAAUGAAAAUGAAAAAGAUCCAUUUUUAGAAAGAAAAAAAGAUAUAUGGAGACGUUGGGUAUCAAGGAAGGGUACUAUUGUAGAAAAAUAUUUGGAAGAAGACUUGUUUGAAAAAUUGAGAGAGGAAAUAUAUAAUAUGAUAGAUACAUAUGAAAAUGAAGGAAGAAAGGAUGAUAUAUUAUUUAUGAAUAAAGAAGAAUUGGAAAACAAAGAAAAUUAUGAAGUAUUAUAUAAAUACUUUAAAACAAAAUUAUUAGAAAAACUGUGUAUACUAGUAUUUAUGAUGGUACUAGAGGAAUGUAAAAAUGAGGAGUAUAUAGAAAAUAUGGAAUCACAUUUCGAUAAUUCUAUAAAUGAAUGUAUAACAGGAAAAAACUUAGAUAUUAAACCAGAAAUUGAGGAAAAUUUAACUGAUAUUAACGGAGAUGUUUUAGGGAAUAUAAAAAAUAAUAAAAAUUAUGCUUAUGAAGGAGAAGACUGUUUCAGAGAAGAAUUGAAAGAAUGGAUAAGAGAAAAUGAUGCAUACAUAAAUUCCUUAGAUAGUGAUAAUAACAUAGACGAAUGCUAUCAAGUGGUAGAAUAA